UACAAUCAACGCUGCACCUACCCAAAAAUCUUUAGUCCACACAAUUUCCUUGCAAAAGCACAGAUUUUCAGAUAAAAAUACUUUAAAGCAAAAACUUGCUCUUGAAAAAAAUCAUGUGCUUUCAAAAUACUCUAAAAAGGGUGCCUUCACAGUAAUAUUCGAUACAGGUUCCUCAGACUUUUGGGUUCCAUCGAAAGAUUGUGUUAGUUUAGCUUGUGGUGGUGAUCAUCUAUUUGAUCCUUCCAAAAGUAAAACGUUCAAAAACAUUGGUAAAUCAUUUGACUUCCGGUAUGGAAGUGGCGAAGUUAGAGGCACAACUGGAUCUGAUGAUUUGUCUGUUGCUGGUGCGAUAGUAAAAGGCCAAGUUUUUGGAUUGGCAACAGAUGUAAACUUGGAUUUCGUCGAAGGAUUCGAUGGGAUUCUAGGAAUGGCAUUUGAUUCAUUAA